AUGUCAGUCCAAGAAAUAAAUAAACAUGCAGUUCUCCCUCCUAUCAUUAGUAGAAGUGACAAGGAAUUUUUGGAAAGUAUGCAAAGAUACAUUAUUACAGAAACUGAAAGAGUGGGCUGUAAUGAGGAAGGACCUGCUGAUGAAUAUUACAUCAUAUACCGAAACGUUUUUGAUAAGGUAAUAGAGUAUGUCACUGCAUACAAAUCCAUUCUUACUUCAAUCAAAAAAGAAUAUGAUGCCUUUAUUGAGACCUUAAAGAAAGACCAAAGAGCUGCAUUUUAUCUUCAUGGAAAGCUUAAAGUUUUGGCAGCAGAGCCUACAGCUUUGGUAUAUCACAGGAAAAGAAUAAUCCAACUCGAAGCAAAAAUGAGGAUUAUUGAAAAUAAUUCCUCAAAGAUUCAAUCACAAAUAGAUAAAGUGAAACAGCUAAGGGCAGAGUAUGACACAAAAGAAGUAACAUAUCAUACUUUCUCCAAAGAUCCUUCAAAACCUAUUCCAGGCAUGACUCUCCAACAAUCCGUCAAUCUAGAUGCUCUCACUAAAUACAUGAAACAUCUUGAAGAUAAAUAUGCAGAAAUUAAACAAGCUAUGAUGAUAAAAUAUGUACCAGCUCAAAAGAAGAUUGAUUUAGAUGAGGAGAUGAUGGUGUCAUUAAAACGGCGAGAUGUAGCGGAAAAUCUGAACAAAGAAUUGCAGUUUCGUCAUCACAGACUACAGAUAAUCUCAUAUGCACUUGCUUCAUGGGUAAAAUCUGAUAUGAGCAGCUCAUUUCAAGACUUUGUGGAACAAAUUCAGAAAACCAAAAUUUUAAAUGAUGACCAAGGCAUUGUUGAGGAAGUACUAGAAGAUGAUCCAACCAAAGCAAAAGAAGCUGAAAUUACACUUUACUACAUUGACAGGUUUAACAAAUUAAUCUCACUUCGUGAAUAUGAAAAGGCAGCUCAUUUUGCAGCCAACAGUCCUAGAAGAAUUCUUCGAAAUGUUGGUACAAUGAAUAAAUUGAAGGCUGUUGGAAAAAUUAGAGGAAAGCCUCUUCCAUUACUCCUAUUUUUUGAGGCCCUCUUUAGCACAAGUCAUGCUUUUAGACAUCCUGUUGAUGCAGAUCUAACCCUGGAAGGAAUCAAAUGUGGGUUAUCUGAAAAACGGUUAGAUUUAGUUAUCAAUUGGGUUACCCAGGAGAGGUUGACGUUUUCUGAGGAGGCUGGGGAUGUGAUUUGUGAUUAUGGGGAGCAGGAUACUUUUAACAGGGCCAAGUGCCUGGCUUUAGCUCAAAUUAUCUACAGUGAAUGUGGCCUGCACAAGAAAGCUUUUCUUUGCCUGUGUAAACAGGGUCAGAUUCAUGGGGCUAUGGAAUACAUACAGCAAUUCAAGGACUUUACUUUUGAUGAUCUGAUGCAACUAAUAACAUUGUGUCCCCAAACUGAAUUAAUUCAAUGUUUCACUAAAGAAUGGAAUGGGAAACCACCAUCUUUAUCUUUUGGUCUGGCCAUCCUUCAUCUGUUCUCUGUAGAUAUGAAAAACGUUGGCAUUAAGCUACUUCAAGAAAUAAAUAAAGAAGGGAAAGAUGCAGUAAAACAUCUUGUGCUAAAUGAUCCAUUUUGCUCCCUAGAAAAGUGGCAAGAAAUGGCAGAUAUAUGUUUACAGAAUGGCUUUGACAAAUUAUCUAACAACAUUAUGUCCAUUCUUCGAUCUCAGGCUGAAGUUAUAGAAAUUUCUGAAGAAGAUGAUACAAUCAACUUAAUGGAACAUGUUUUUUGGUAG